UCUUGAUUGUUGGUGAGACCCAAUAUUCUGAAGCCGAGACAUCAGGUAGUCAGACAGCCCAGGCCCUCCUUUGCGAUCUUCAUAUCGACUUAGCCUUGAACGGACGAGAUCUACCCUGGAACCGAAAAGUUUCGCUUCACCCCUAAGAGUUCCAUCGAGCGAACAAAGGGAUUUCUGUUGGUACCCUACAUCAUGUUUUCUUCGUAAUUUCGUAUUGGAUUUCGGGGAGGGACUCGCAAGAAGGCUAUCGUACGGUUUAGGGAACGGUGCAAUAUGAAUUACGAUUACGAUGGGCGCAAAAUCUCUCAACCAUCCCCAUCACGUCCUAACUACAACCAUCACAAAUCUUUGAGUGGAUCUUCGAAUGACCUUUUACGGAUGGCUACGCAGAAUCACCUUGUUCAGCAGCAUUACGACGGAGAACGAGAAGCUCAAGAACCAUACAAAUCAGUAGUAUCGCCAAAUUCUGCCUACACCACGAGAUCUUUGUCGUCGUCAAACCGGUAUUCCUGGGUAGAACGGGAAUCAAUGCAAGAACAAGCUGCACCAAACUCGGGAUCUUCUACUUCUCCGUUUUCACAGAGAACUUUCAUCCUAGACGGCCCAGACAAUGGCACUCUUUCGAACAAUUACAGCUCGCCUGGAGGUGCGAUAGGAGAAUCCCCCAGAGAUCCCUCUUCCAAGCAAAAAAGAAAGAAGGGGUCACCCGGAGCGAAUGUUUUUGGCUCGACGGGGCCAGUUGAUCGUGCUGGAAGCAGUUUCCAUGGGUUUUGGAGCAGUGCCAGAACGGGUACUGCUUCUCAGUCACCUGGACGUCAGAACACAGCGGCCGCAGAAACAUCGUUUUCGCCAUCAGCGACUGUCUUACCAAGCAAGGAUUCGAGAGAUAUCGAUUUCGGGUUUACUUUCCCUGUCGGUGGACCGUCUCGACUCGGGGACCCGAUCAAUAUCCAGGAUCUCGUCCGGUUGAAACCUCAAACUACUUUCCUCGAUCUCACGGAUGGAAAUCGAAAGGCCAAAGCGAAUCACAAUCGCGCCAAGACUGAGCCUGCUCCGGCGAGAUCGCUCUUCGCAUCCCGCCUGUUUUCGGGUCACCGAGAGUCGGCGCAGAAUAGCGUAUCUCAGCUGCCUGUCUUUCGCCAUUCUCGCAAAGCACACGGCAAAUCUGCUUCUAUGAGCGCUUCUCCUUCCAUUUCGGCUCCAUUCGGGGUGUCCAUCGCUGCGUAUCGACCCGUUCCGACGCAUUCGACUGCGGCCCGCGUGUCUCGAUCGCUUGUGAAACCCGAUCUUCGGACUCUAGAUCCGAGCAAUGCAAUACUAAUGCCAGCGGGGCCAAGCCAUAUGCAGAAGCAGGUAGAAGAUUUGGAAUCGCGGAGGAUGUUGUCGGUUUCGCGCCUUCACCAAGAAGGGAUCGGGCUUCGUGCAGGUACCGUAUCUGGCAGGCCUGUUGAAGUUGCGCUAGCAACCCGGCAUACUCAUCAAGACAACGGAGAUGGCUCGGGUCUACGGCCUAUUGCUGCAAUUAGCGAUGCGCAGCUGCAAAGGGGAGGCUCAGACCAGCCUGUUCAUUGGAUGCGUACUGGCCUUUCGCGGUCUGCCAGUCAGGAGGCUGUACAGCUGCUUCAGCCGACACGGUGGGAGGCGCGAAACGGAUGUGAGCAACUCGUCCUACCUCGACCCAAGCUGGUCGCUCACACAGCUUCGCCUCCAGCUACGCCUGAGCAGGUUCAACGCGAACGAGCUUUCAAAGCGGAAGCGAAGGGUAAAGGCAGGGAGCAAGGUCCAGUUGAGGACGUGCUUAUCAUCGAUCGUCAAAAGUAUGGGGUUACCUUUGGAUCGACAAGGACAUCCAGUCCGGCUCUUAGCGGCAUACGUGUGAUGGACGAGGGGGCUGAACGCGAACGGGAACGUCAAGAAUGGGCUCGAUCCGUAGGAGGCACACGCAAACGAAGUGUCAGACGGCCACGUAGUAAUAGCCUCGGUACAGGUGCUGAACGUCCACAUGGCGGCCGAGAACUGCGCAAUCAGGGGGACGCCUACUUCACCUUACCUCGUUCUCCUGAUAACCGUUUCGGGCCAGUCCCCCAAAAAUCCUCUCCACCGAUCAGCACUAGCUUUGGGUUUCUGCCCACUACUGCCAGCCUUCGCUCGCGAUCGCGAUCCGCGACCAGCUCAUCUCGAAAGGCUGGUGGAAGUACUCCCCGCCAGUUCGGCUCCACUUCCACGGAGGCGCAAUCCUUCCGCAAUGCUCCCAGAGACUAUGGAAGUAUUGGCCGCGCUCCCGAGGAUCCGUUCGCCGUUCCCAUACCGCGCACUCCCUCUCAACGCGACAAUCGUUUGUCUCGUAACCAUAGUUCACCGGAUCUUCGUCGUGCGGCGGCUCACACGCCCGACUGGUCGCAAGGCGUCGGCGAUUCUGUCGACCCUCUGCAGACAGCAGGUCCCGACUCCUCUACACAGGCGAAUGCUGUAAAUACAAGACCGAUAACACCACUUUGGUUCAGCCCUCGGACCAAUGGUACGGCCGUUCGCCAUAGCCGUGGAUCUAGCAAUGUUCAGUCUGACAAUCAUUCCCAACGACUGAUGGACGCCAACGAGGUGCGGACGCGGUAUCUGACCUUGUCCGAACCCCCGGUAUUGGGACCGGAACUACCCUUGUCUCCCGCGAGGACCACUUCCCUGAACCAGGUCCACAGUCCCACUCGCAGCACGUCGAGUGGCGUGUGGGCAGAGCCGUUACCGCCGCAUACGGCUCGCGCAUUGGCUUCGCGGCUGUCGAACUCGCCACGAAGGAUGAAAUCAUCGCUCGAGGAAGCUGUCAAUCGAGCCAGGACGUCGGCGAUGUUGCUCUACGGAGAAGACCCCGAAUCAUUUGCCACUACGGGACAGGUGAAUAUACCGGACACAUUUGCGGCUUCAUCCAGCAUUCCUCCAGAUCGGAGAGAAAUCUUGGAGGCUGCAGGAAUUCUGCCUCAGAAUGCUUCUCGCAAGUAUUUGACCCCAGUCACCGAGGGCAACGAGUCAAACCGCUCGGCCUCUUCAGUCGGGAAACGGCCGGGAACUGAGCAGUCGAAUCGCGGUCUUGACGAUUCCAGUCCCCUGCUCACCAUCCCUCGCGGUAUGAACGCCGGUUCUUCUGAAGCUUCGCCUGCCAUUUCCGACUUGUCUCCUCGGCCCUCUGUACCGAUGGAUGAACUCGACCAAUACGAUCAGGAACUUUUCUUCGCUAAACCUCGAAUGACCUGGUCUUCGCCGCUUGCAUAUCCUGCACCCCAUUCAGCUUCGCGAUCAAGUCCACGUUCUCCAUCCAAUUAUGCGGCCCGUAACCAGGGAGAUCGUGCCGGUGCAAACUCGCACGACCGGGAAUCUGGGGAUUCAGCCAUAUCGCGAAUGCUCAGUACGCCGACAACAGGCGAGGGUCAUCGGGCCUCGCAGGAUGUCAGCGCGGAGAAUGCUGGCGUCGAAGUCGCCACGCCUGUGCUCGCCUAUGGAGAAUACGGCUGGUCGCCCAACCGAGGUGACGGGUUGGAUUUGCCCUUCGAAAUGCGCGUCGUUGCAGCAUCCCCCAACGCACUGGACCGGCAAGCUAGUCAUGCGACGUUGCGCAAAGAGUUCGGUGAUGAAUACGCCCCCUGGACGAGGGAGGAGAACAAGCUGUUUCAAGGUUCGCCUUAUCAGACGCAGACUGAGGAUGGAAGCGAUGGGGAUUUUGUCUUUGGAGGAAGGCAGAGCUUGAUUCACAAAAGCAGUUCUGAGAAUACCUCACUUCACGUCGGAACAGUCCCUUCGGCCACGCCCGCUCACCGUUCGCCUUCCAUGGACCAACUGUCAAAUAAAAACGAGCGGGGACAUAUGCCUCGUGCGAGCGUGGUGCCCGAGUUUGUGAUAGGCGGAUCCCCCUCGACUUGUUUUCCUAGCCAGCCUCCCACCCCGAACGUCGACCAAAAAUUCACCACACCUGGCCUACCUCGUUUCGAAUCCGAUUCCAGUGCCAGCUCUGGUCGCUCGGUGACUAUGCCCGCAAAUCACUCUGCGACCCCGAGUCCCGAAACGCCGACCAAUCUGUUCCGCCAGCCUGGAGGGAUCGCCACGAUCGCCCGCGAAUUCCCAGCCCCACCUUCGCGGAGCGCAUCUUACCUCUCAAACGUAUACCCGGAGCCGGAGCAGGAAGACAAGAGGUCGACACCUGAUGGCCUCGCAACGAAACCGCCACCCAAAAAUGACCUGCCACUCCUUCCGCCUAUCCGACGCCUGGAGACUGAUUUUUCCGCAAUGACGGGAAACAGCUAUGCCACCGCCACGGAAGGCUACGAAACUGACGACAACGAUAGAUGAUGACCCGUAGGAUGCCCGCUGGCUCUUCUUGUAUUCGGAGACGUGAGCCAAAUUGAUUGUAUCGCUAGAUUCGCUGUGACCAGGUUUGCUACCAAUAUAUGAUGUUUCAUGCUGCUCAAUCUAUUUCCGAUCGCGAGCGUAGAACGUACAGAGCGAGGUGGAUCGAUCAUGACAGCUGAUCUACA